UGCGCCAGCCCGGGCAACCCGGUAUUCACGUGCCUGCGGGACGCGCGGGCGCUGUUGACGGGCACGCGCCUGAGCGCGCCGCUGCCGCUGCUGUACAAGACCGCCGCGAGCGAGUACGGCGCGCUGCGGCCCACCUCGGUCAUGGCGCCCUGCCGGUUCUGCCCGCGGGACAGCGCCUUCAGCACCCGCCUGGCCGCCACCGGGCCGCCGCAGUACAACCGGAUCAACACGGGCGUCGACCCGCCGCCGCCCGCGCCCCCGCCUUAGUCCUCGGCCUC